AGGGUACAUUAAAGGAAGGUGAAGUUGUAGCGGUAAAAAGACUCUCAAGAAUUUCUGAUCAAGGGAUUGAAGAACUUAAAAACGAGGUUCAGUUAAUCGCGAAACUCCAACAUCGGAACCUUGUUCGAGUAUUAGGUUGUUGCAUUGAAGCCGAAGAGAAGUUAUUGGUUUAUGAGUUCAUGGAAAAUAAAAGUCUCGAUAUGUUCCUUUUUGACAAAGAGAAAAACGUUACUCAGUUGGAAAAUCAGACUCGAGAUCAUAUGUGGGAUUGCUCGAGGGAUUCUUUAUCUUCAUCAAGAUUCAAGAUUUAAGGUCAUUCACCGGGAUCUAAAAGCUAGUAAUAUUUUGCUCGAUAGACAAAUGAACCCGAAGAUAUCUGAUUUUGGUAUGGCACGGAUUUUUUGGGGUGAUCAAAAUGUAGCGAAAACAAAGAAAGUGGUUGGAACAUACGGUUAUAUGUCACCUGAAUAUGCAAUGGAUGGGCAUUUUUCAACAAAAUCAGAUGUGUUCAGUUUUGGAGUUUUGGUUCUCGAGAUAGUAAGCGGUAAAAAGAACACCGGAUCAUGUUAUACAAGUAGUCAACACAACCUUCUGAGACAAACAUGGACGUUAUGGAACGAAGGCAACGCUUUAGAACUACUAGAUGAAUCUAUCAGGGCCAAUAUUUUUGAGAACGAAGUAUUAAGAUGCAUACAAAUUGGAUUGUUAUGUGUUCAAGAACAUCCGGAAGAUAGACCUAACAUGUCAAAUAUAUUGUUGCUACUGUCCAGUGAAAUCGCACAAAUAUCACUACCAAAAUAUCCUGGAUUCUUUAUUAGAAAAAGGAACACUGAAACAGAAUUUUCUAGAAUACAAGAUGAUUCAAGGAGCAUAAACGAAAUCACGGUAUCAAUAUUACAUGGUAGAUAG